AAUAACGUACGCCGUAACAUCGGUCGUCUGCCGCGACGCCUCAUGGACGACUCCACCGCAUGUCGUCGGAAGGCGCUGAACACCCGCAUCUCCACUUCACAUUCCAUCCACUCAUACAAGAACAGCCCGCCAUUCCUGCUCUCUCAUACGAUCCCAGGAGCGGACCCAAGCACAUCCUGGAUAGGGUUUGAGCGUCUCCAUAAAUUCUGUCUCGAGAGGGCGUCCUACUCCAGCCUAUAAAUCCGCGUGCUUUACACAUCCUCACGCCUGGUCCUCUAAAUCAGAUACACUCAAGUCCAGUGCUAUCGAAAGCAACCCUGCAAUUAAAACAAGAGACCAUGCAUUUCGCACGGCGCGCGCACCGCGCCCUCUCAUCUCACCCUACAAGACACCUCUCCACCAACACGCCCUCCAGUCUCUCCAUCAACUCCUCGCGACUGUGGGAAUCCAUCCACGAGACCUGCGAAUGGGGAUCCGCCCACCGCUAUGGCGAAUCGCGCGAAGAAACCGGCAUGGCGCGCCUAACGCUCACAGACGCCGACGCGCGCGUCCGUCGCUGGCUCGCCGACGAAGUCCAGAAGCUGGGCUGCACGCUGGUCGUCGACCAGAUGGGGAAUAUGUUUGCUCGGCAGGCGGGGAGACGUCGAUCGAGCGCCCCCAUGACGGCUAUGGGUAGUCAUCUAGAUACCCAGCCGCGAGGGGGCAGGUAUGAUGGGAUUUUGGGCGUGAUGGCCGCGUUGGAGGUGUUGAGGACGAUGAAGGAGAGGGGGUUUGAGACGGAGUUUGAUGUGGGGUUGGUGAAUUGGACGAACGAGGAAGGCGCCCGCUUCCCCAAAUCCAUGUGCUCGUCUGGCGUCUGGGCCGGCGCCAUCCCCAUCCAAGCGGCGUGGGAUCUGCGCGACAUCCACGACCCGGGCGUGACGCUGCGGUCUGAGCUGGAGCGCCACGGGUGGCUCGGAGAAGCGGCGUGUUCGCCGACGGGUGUGCCGCUCGGCGCGCACUUCGAGCUGCAUAUCGAGCAGGGCCCGAUUCUGCUGGAGACCGGGCGCGCGCUGGGCGUGGUCCAAGGCGCCCAGGGGUACCGGUGGCUGUCGGUCGCGGUCCACGGGCGCGACGCACACACGGGGACGACGCCGCUCAGUGCCCGUCGGGACCCGCUCCUCGCGGCGUCGAAGAUGAUCGCGGCCUCGAAUGAGAUUGCGCAACGUCAUGGGGCGCUGGCGUCGACGGGGGUGAUCAAGACGCCGGCGAACGCGUCCACGAACACGGUUGCGUCGCGGGUGGAUUUCACGCUGGACAUCCGGCACCCGGAGGACGGGGUGGUCGAGGCGGUGCAGCGGGAGUGUUUGGAUGCGUUUGGGGGGAUCGCGGCGCAGGAUGGGAAGGGCGUCGCGUUCGACUGGACGCUCGAUACGGAUUCGGCGGCGACGCGGUUCGACGGUGACUGUACGCGGGCGAUCCAGAAGGCGGCGGACGCGCUGGUCGGGCGCGAGCAGUGGAUGGAUAUGAUCAGUGGUGCUGGCCAUGAUAGUGUGUAUACGAGCCGGCAUUGUCCGACGGCGAUGAUCUUUGUGCCGUGUCGCGACGGAGUCAGUCAUCACCCGGAGGAGCAUUGCGAGAAGGAUGAUUGUGCUCUGGGAGCUCAGGCUUUGUUGGAGUCUGUCGUGAACUAUGAUCAGUUGCGGGCGCAGAGGGAGUGAGUUAGGGCUUGGGUUGGCGUUAUCAUUUCUAGGUAGUUGAAGUAUACAGCGUAGUAAAAUACAUUUCUGUUGCUAGAGUGAAUGUAUG